AAAUAUAGAAACAACAAGAAGAAGUAUUAUAACCUAAUUUUUGCGUUUAAAAAUAAUUUCAAAUUUAUAUUUUUUAAUUGGAAAUACUAACUAUUACUUUGUGGCAUGAUUGCUACCUGUAAUAAAAGAAACACACCAAGAGCAUUUAAAAGAACGAAGUACAAAAUAUGUUGUCGUUAAAUAAUCAUAGACGUUACUUAUCUCCUAAAAGAUUUCCAACUGUAAUUCAAAAAUUAACAUAUAAAGAAUUUCUACCUAGUUCGAAGAAAAAAAUUUUCAUGCCCAAUCCGCAAAAACCAAAGUUUGUUAUUCAGGAUCUUCCAAAGUCAAAGCCCCAUUCAGAAAAGGUGUAUGGUCCUCGUAUAAAUAAACUAAAUAUACAAAUGUUAUCGAAAAAUAUUUACGAUCAAGUGUUUAUAGAGGGCUUCAAGGAUGCGAGUGAUCCACAAAUUAUUAAAAAAUGUCAGCAAGAUCUGGCAUCGAGAGAAAUGAAUACAAACGCAGAGGACUUUCAAAAAGAUGUUGAUUACAACAUUCCGCCUUUGGAAGGAAAAAACAUAUCAGACCACUUCAAGAUUAUUGGAGAGAACCAAGCUAAACCAUACAGGGAUCUUACGUUACUACUGUUAGAGUACUGUCCACUUCCACCUGAUUCCUGGUUAAUGCAACCUGGUUGGACCAGAUAUGUACCUGAAUGUGAACCACAGGCGGUAGCUUUUCCUUUGGAAGAGGCAUUCGUCUUUGAUGUUGAGGUGUGUAUGAUGGCUGGAAAAGCACCAACUCUAGCAACUGCAGUAAGUAACAAAGCAUGGUAUGGUUGGGUCAAUCCCUGUGUGCUAGAUGAAAGUGAAUCUCAAGAAACUGGCUUGAAAUUAUCAGAACAUCAAAUGAAGCCCAAGGUUGUAAUUGGCCACAAUGUUUCCUUUGACCGUGCGAGAAUAAAAGAACAAUAUUGGGUGAAUAAAACUGGUACAAGGUUCAUUGAUACAAUGAGUCUUCAUAUUUGUGUAGGAGGCUUGACUAGUUAUCAGAGAACUGUAAUGAAGUCACAAAAAUUCCAUGAUGAAGAUGAAUCUUGGAAGAACACUAGCUCUUUGAACAAUUUAGUGGAUGUAUAUAAAUUAUACUGUGGUAAAAAUCUCAAAAAAGAUUCAAGAGAUAUAUUUGUAGAUGGUACUAUGAAGGAUGUCCGUGACAAUUUCCAGACUGUCAUGGAAUAUUGUUCAAAAGAUGUCAUGGCUACUUAUGAAAUACUGAAACAUUUGUUUCCGAUGUUUUUGGAGAGAUUUCCGCAUCCUGUCACUCUAGCAGGUAUGCUGGAGCUGAGUAUCGCAUAUCUUCCAGUAAACUCGAACUGGUCAAGAUAUAUCGAAGACUCCGAACAAGCCUACGAGGACCUCGAAAACGAAGGCAAAAUUUUGCUAGCUAACAGAGCGAACCAGGCCUGUCAGUUGUUACAUAACGAAAAGUAUAAGGAAGAUUUAUGGUUGUGGGAUCAAGAUUGGAGCAUCAAAGAGAUCAAGAUGAAAGCUGCUAAACCGCCAAGGAAAAAGGACGUGGAGCAAUCACAGCCGGUAAAAGUGAAAAGACAUAAAGUCAUUGACGAUGAAGAGGAAGAUCCUCUGGAGGCCAAGUUUCAAAAGUUGUGGACCACAAAGGAUAAUUUGCCGGCAAUUAAAAGCGUUUUGCUGGGGUAUCCGAGUUGGUAUCGGAAAAUUGUGCAAAAAGCCUGAUUCGUCGUCUCAUUGGGUUCCUGGGCCGAAUUUGAUAAGUACGUCGAUGCAGAUCACGCCAAAACUGUUGUGUCUGACUUGGGAGGGCUACCCGUUACACUAUUUGAGAGACAAGGGCUGGGGUUUCCUAAUACCCUUCACAGACAACACAGAUAUCUCCAGAAAACUUCCUCUGAAGCAAUUAUUAGAGAAAUGUCCGUUAUUAAUAAGCAAAGACGGCGAUAACGCUGCUUUAGCAAUGGCGAACUUGUGCCAACAAGUCCAGGACAAUCUAUCGAAGAAGGAAUACUACAGCAGACUAAAGAAAGACAAAACCGAAGGCGUAUACAAAGGUACCGGCAUAUGGUGCAGCACCGAAGUGGAAGAUUGCUGCUGGUUCUUCAAGCUACCACACAAAGACGGCCCCUCUUAUAACGUCGGAAAUCCGCUCGCCAAAGACUUCCUAAACAAAUUUUCCGAAAACGUCCUGGUGGGUGACACCGAAAGUGCAGAACAAGUGCUCGAAAUAGCGAAGAAGCUGUCGUAUUGGCGAAACAACAGGAACAGGAUACUGGACCAGAUGGUGGUUUGGUUGGCGGAGGAAAAUUUGCCGAAUAAUCUGCGUGCUAAAGGUUACACUUUCGGAACUAUCCUGCCCCAAGUGGUGGUAAGCGGAACUUUGACUCGAAGAGCGGUAGAACCGACAUGGAUGACAGCUUCGAACGCUCAAUCUGACCGAAUCGGAUCUGAACUGCGAGCUAUGGUCCAAGCUCCUCCCGGUUAUAACAUCGUGGGAGCCGAUGUGGAUUCGCAAGAACUGUGGAUAGCGUCUAUUAUAGGGGAUGCUAGUUAUGCCAAGACACACGGAGCGACGCCGUUCGGUUGGAUGACUCUGAGCGGUAGCAAAUCGUCCGGUACCGACAUGCACAGCGUGACCGCCAAAGCUGUGGGCAUCAGCAGGGAUCACGCUAAAGUUAUAAACUACGCUAGAAUAUACGGUGCGGGACAGAGCUUCGCGGAACGGUUGCUGAAGCAAUUUAACCCUACAAUGUCCGAAGCUGAAGCUAGGAGUAAGGCGCAGAAGAUGUUUGCGUUGACCAAAGGGAAGAAGAUUUAUUAUUUGAGGAAAGAACACGUUUUGGAAUUUGUGGAUAAGCCGUACACGAAGUGGCAAGCGUUCGAAAUCGCUAAAGCUUGUGGAAAGACCGUAGAUGCUAUGUUUCUUAAAUCCAAAUGGACAGGAGGUACGGAAUCAGCCAUGUUCAACAGACUUGAAGAAAUCGCUAAUAGCGAUCGACCAGAGACUCCAUUUUUGCACGGUCGAUUGAGCAGAGCGUUGGAACCGAAAACCAAAUCGGAAGAUCAAUAUCUACCGACACGUGUGAACUGGGUCGUCCAAAGCGGAGCGGCCGAUUUUUUGCACCUCAUGUUGGUAUGCAUGAGGUGGAUAAUGGGAGACAAUAUAAGAUUUUGUUUAAGUUUUCACGAUGAAGUGCGCUAUUUGGUUCCGGAAGAAAAUAGAUACCAAGCUGCACUAGCUCUGCAUACUACUAAUCUUCUAACCAGAGCUUUUUGUGCCUACCAACUCGGAGUGCACGACUUACCUCAAUCGGUUGCGUUUUUUUCCUCCGUUGAGGUGGACAAAGUGUUGCGAAAGGAGUCCAAACAAGAUUGCGUAACGCCGUCAAACCCACACGGUUUGAGUAAAGGGUACGGCAUUCCGAACGGUGAAGCUCUGAACAUUUAUGAAGCUAUAGAUAAAGCUGGUGGUCGCUUUAAGUGUUGGUAUGGUAGUAGGUUUCAAGAUAAAAGGUAACAUCUAACUUUUUGCUACCUUAAUAUGAUGAGUGUGUACUCUACAACUCCCUACAAGUGCCUAAAUAAUCAAAGAAAAUUUCAAUAAGAAAAUACUAUACCAAAUACCAAAUUCUGGCACCGCAAUUGGAGAAUGACUUAAUUUUUCUAUGGUUAGAAGUAGAAAUUUUUAUCUGUAUAUAAAACGCUGUGAUACUUUUUGUUAAAUAUAAUAAAAUUACAU